CGGAAAACUCUUGACCAUGAGGUGAAAAAAUAUCGUCUUCCCACUAAUGCUGCGGCUGUGGAAGCUGCACCACCUCUUAUUGUGGGUAUCGUGGGACCCCCAGCCUCCGGAAAAUCCACACUCCUACGUUCGCUUAUCAAACACUUUGGACGACAACUGGUGUCUGUUGUCACCGGUCCCAUAACUGUGGUCGUUGGCAAGUCUUUCAGAAUCACUUUUAUAGAGUGCGACUGCAACAUCAACAGCCAUUUCUCCAAACAGGCUCCUACCGGACUCCAGAAACCCGAUGGCGAUUAUCUCCCCGCUGAAGUCCAGCGACUGGCGAGAAUGAUGAUCGUCAAGACACCUCGUCCUACGGAUUGGCGGACCGGCCAUCCUUACAUUCUUGUUGACAGACUCGAAGAUAUAACAAAUCCCAGCAUUCUUAAGUACAAUUCUAACGCUGAUCGAACCCUCAGCCUGUAUGGGUGGGUUCGUGGUGCUCCACUUGGAGCCUUAUGUUCAAAACCCGUUGUACAUGUUGCUGGGUUAGGAGAUUAUCAAGUAAUGGAAUGCAGUCAACAGCCGGACCCCUGUCCAACUCCGAACCAAAUAAUUCAAAGUAGUGCAUCAAUGGAAGAGCAUGCAGGGAAAAAACUCAAAAGACGUUUGACAGAAGGUGAAAGAAGGGUCUAUGCUCCCAUGUCUAACAUCGGUGGCGUUCUAUUUGAUCGUGACGCCACCUACAUCGACUUGGGUGGAAGCCAUCAUUUGGGCGGUGGUAGACUCACUUCAGGCCGGCAAGCUAUCCAAGGUGCCACGGAAUCCGAGCUGAUAAAAACGAGGCUGUUGCUCUCCGAGGAGGGUACUGCAUUGGACGAGAAACUCAGUAGGGACCACGAAGUCCGUAUAACUGCUGAUGCACCGCUCCUCCCCGGCACACACAACGGCACUCAGAUCGCCAAGACCUCCGGCAGCCUCCACGGCAGUGAUGAGAAUGUUAACAGUGAAAGCGAAGAGUCAGUCAGUGCCGCCAGUCAUAAUGAUGAGGCUAGCAGUGACUUCGAAAAUGGAUCGGAUGUAACGGACGAGGAGUCCAACGGUGUGCGCAUGUUUGAGGAUAUGGUACUUCCGAAUAGCGAGCGCACCGACGACAAGGAAUCACACAUCAGUGUGCCUGGUCGAACUGCAAAGUUUGACAAGCGCCACUGGGACAUAAAAGAUGCAUUUGAUGGUAAAUUGGUGGCAAUUUUUUAUCGCCUGCUAUUUCGUGCAAUGAUAAAUCAACGUAGCUCAUGUGCAAACGCUAAUGAUGCGUCGGACAUUCCUAUCCUAGUCUUAUAA